GUCAGAAUCUAAUUAUUUAGCUUGUCAAUUAAAGGUUUCAAUGUUAUUGGUGUCUACUCCUCCUCCCAGGGCCCUGUUAAGUAACCUGCUUCGAUGUAGAGCGGGGGGUUAUAUUUUUUCUAAGAUGAAUUUCUUUUAAGCGAAAGUGUAGACGUUUCAUAAAUACAGUAAUGGAAGUGGUUUUUUUUCAAAAUUAUUUUUUUUUGUAUUUUUUUUCUCUAGUUAUUAUCAGUGUCCAGAGUACACAUCUUCAGGGAACAUGGGAUACUUCUGAUUUUUUUAUGUUUCUCUCUAAAUUUGGAUUUCAAAAAACAGACCUUCACCGUGAAAAGGAAACAGACGGUUAUAUAUUCGGCAAUAUUACUUCCAGAAGUAAUACAAGCUACCAUGGAACAUUAGCAGUACUGAAUAGAGACUAUUUUCUGGAAUAUUAUGGAAAUAGGUUCAUUUUUGAUAAAGAUAAAGCUUGUGCUAAGAUGUUCAACAAGCUUAGCACAGUUGCUUAUGAUCCAUACUGUUAUGAUGAAGGAUAUGAUUUUCUAAGGAAAGUUCCAUGUCUUAAAGGAGAACUUUGUGAGGAUGAAGAUUCUCCUCAAAAUGUUGUUAAGCACUCUCAGUUUACUUAUCAUAUUAGAGACUUGAGUGAGCCUAGGUUUUGGUAUGUGAGUUUGGUCUCGUGUUAUCGUAAUUCAACUACCUGUCAAUGGCAUCAUACACCUCACAAUAUACAAAUUGAAUAUGACAUUUGGUUGGUUAAUGGCAAUCCUAAUUCAAGCAAUUACAACCCACUUGUAUAUCAAUUUUCAUUUGAUAGACAGAAUACUAUUGAAUUAUACUUGGUGUUUUUCUUGAUCUACUUUGUUCUGGUUCCAUUACAAAUUUUCGCUGUUGUGAGGCAACAGCACCCUGUGACCAGACUUUUUACGGCAAGCCUGAUUUUAGAAUUUCUUGGAUUGCUAUUUAAUUUAAUAAGUGUUAUGAAGUUUGUUGUGGAUGGUGUCGGUUAUCCCAAAUUGGCUGUAAUUGGUGAUGUUCUGGAUAUCCUUUCUAGAACAACUUUUAUGCUUUUACUUCUUCUACUAGCUAAAGGCUGGGCUGUUACAAGACAAGAAUUUACCUGGAAACCACUCCUUUUCUCUGUAUGGUUCAUUUAUGGAGUUGUUCACAUAUUAUUGUUUGUAUGGAAUAAGACUGAAGUGGAUAUAAUUGAAGAUAUAGAUGAAUAUCAGACUUGGCCAGGCUGGUUGAUAUUGGUUUUGAGAUGCCUUAUUAUUGUUUGGUUUCUUUUGGAGUUGAGAACAACGAUGAGGUAUGAGCACAAUGAGUCAAAACUGAAUUUUUUCCUCCACUUUGGAGCAUCGGCAUUGGUCUGGUACAUUUACCUGCCUAUCGUUGCUCUUUUGGCUCUGCUCAUUCCUCCAUUUUGGAGAUACAAACUGCUGUUAGGUAUUACUUAUUCUGCAGAUUGCCUCGCAUACUGUGUUAUGACUCAUUUAUUAUGGCCUACUCGAAGUGAACAGUAUUUUUUAUUAGCACAUCGUGGUGAUGCAUCUGAUGAACUUGACGAAUUCAACGAAGCUCCCCAUGUUCUAAAUUCUGGAGAAAGUUUAAUCCCCUCUUGGGAUAAAAAUCCUUUAAUUACUUAAUGGGAUGUUCGGUUCCAUUCUUGGAGCUAUGGAAAAACUGAUGAAAAUAGUAUUAUACAAGCCCUUCAUCAAUCAUAGAAAUCGUAUUACUGAUAAAGGAGUCAGGUAUAAAGUGUUUACUGGUUGUUGAGUGGUAAGGAUUCAUAAUUGAGCCAAAUAAAGGUGUAGAUUAUUGUAAAUGGCCAGGUGACUGAUGUUUGGCUGAAGAAAAAAUUAUUUUCUUAAUGAGAUUAAUAACGCCAGAUUUUUAUUUUAUUUUAGUAUGACAUGAUACAAGAUAUUUGAUUAUAUGUAUGAAUUAAUUUUUUUUUUUUAAUGUUUAUAUUAGGGGACUAGGAUAACUCUUAAAUCAAGAAUGCAAUUUAAAUUGUUUUCAGUUUAUUUUGAUAUUUUUUUUAAUUUAAGAAAAAACAAUUAUUUUCUUAGAUAUUGAUUUUAUCUUGAAAAAACAUUUUUGGGGGUAAUACAUAUAUUUGAACUUCCAUUACACAUAAAUGAAACAAAAUAAUAUAAAAUAUUUAUUACUAUUAAGGACUUUUCCACUACUGUGGUUGUCCUUGACCUAAAGGACAUAUGGUUGUCCUUUAGGUCAAAGAUAAAUAAAAUAUCCUAAUUUUAAUUAAUAAUGUACCCUCUUAUUAAAUAAUAGAAACAUAUUUAGUUUCUAAAAAAAUUAUUUCUGAAAAUAUUUCAUAAUUUUGUAGAGCCUAUAAUAUGCUGUUCAGAGGUAAACUAGUAAGUAAAAUUUUGAAAGUUUUACAGAAGAGCAAGAAGUUUCAGAUCACACUGUAUUGCUUGUUGUGGAGAGUGGAUGAUCUUUAUAUUUGAACUGCUACACUUUUUAUUACUUCUCCUAAUUUAUUUAUAGUAUUUUACCCUUGGAAAAUACGGCUAAAAUAAAGCAAAUAUGGACAGUGAAAAUAGACACCCUAGUUUAUUACCGACAUAUAAAUAUAAUAUACCUGAAAGGAGUUUCUUCUGCACUUUUCUUUUUUCAUGAAGAGUAGAGAAAUUGAUUUUUAGCCCAAUUAGUUUGAGUUAUUACUCCAUUUUUCCAAGUUUUAUAAGCCAAUGUUGUCUCUCAGUUACCCAAUUCUAUUUCUUAUAAAGAUUGAAUGACUUCAUUUUAAUUCAAAGUUCAUAAGUUGGAACUUUAAUUCACUAAGCUUUUCAGAACCUGUCAAACAAUCUCUGUUGAUUGCUUUCUCUUGUGAAAACUCAUUAACAGAAAAACUUACUUAUAAUGCUUUCCUAUGACCAAAGAAAAUAACUGAAGACUAAAAAAGAAAGCUCAAAUUAUUUUUUUAAAAUAUUUAAAAUAAAACUAAAAAUCGUUUAAUUAUUAGGUACUUGUCGGUUAGCCAGACAGGACCGACUGCUAUCUGCCAAUGUUUAUAACCUGAACACUGAUAAGGCUUCUCAUAAUUCCUAUCUUCAUAUUCAUAUUUAUUGCAUUAUAUUCAUAUUAUUGUAAUUGUGAACAAAAACAAAUGUAAUAAUAAAAAAAUACUUUUAUUUUACAACAUAUAUAUUAAAUAGACGAAAACAAAUGUAAUAAUAACAAAACAGUGGUUAAAUAGUUGACUGUCAUGAAUAAUGAGAAGAACAAUAGUUGGGGUGAUCAGUCAAAUCAGAAGGCAAAAAUAAAUGAUAAUAUUUAUUUUGUCAUUUAUUUUGUCAAAUAAAUAUUAUCAUUUAUUUUUGCCUUCUGAUUUGACUGAUCACCCCAACUAUUCUUCUUCUCAUAAUAACAAAACAGUUUGUUUUUAAAUUGAAAUAGACAAAAAGAAAUUUGAUCUACUUCAACGACUUUGUCAGGCCCUCCAAUUUUUUUACUUGACCUGUAUAACAUGUUAUGGGCACAAACCUCUCUUAAACAUUUGUUCCACGUUACCAUAGUUUCCUUGGAUAGGUUCAGGGCAGCAACCCGCAGGGGCUAGCUGAAGUGCGCAGCUAGUGGAGAUUGACGAUCCUUCGGAUCCUGAGUUCCACACACUGCACUAACACAUACACAGGACAGUAUACCACACAUACACUGACACAAGGUCACCUACACUACACACCCUAGGGUCACCUAUCCUAGGAAGCCGCCUCGGAUGAGGGAGCAGGUCAGGAUGCCCUAAGGAGGCAGCCCCUCCACCUGACUAGGGGGCAGUGGGCUGAUAACCUACUCCUCUAAAAUAAGUCUUAUCACAAACAAACAAAAGAUUAGAGCUGGAUUGAACUUAAGGAAUAUGACAAGGCGCGGAAAACGAAAGUCGCAAGGAAGACGUAUGAGACGCAUUCAGGGUAGGAGACCGAGAGAGGACCCAGAAUCUCCUGGGAAGAGGGCGUGCGAGAUGCAUUCCAAAAGCGAGGUUUAGAAUGGAACAGGAGACGAGAGCUGGUACUGGAAAGGUCCACCUGGUCCAAGCUCUACAAGAAGCAACCUCACACUGCAUAGCGGUAAAGAGGAAUAUGAUUAUGAUGAUGAGUUUCAGGUGUUCUUUGUCCCACUUUAUCGUUGUUAAAUUAUGGGACCACCCAUAAAUAAAUUUUAAAGCUGUUAAAAAUGAAAUCUUCGACCCGUCUAACCACGUUCCUUUCCUUAUAGAAACUUUUUUGUUAUAAGUGGUAUGAAAGAAUCUCCAUUUCGUCUUCCUGUCUAACUUCAUUUGAUGACCUUCUUCACACAAUUUCACGUUUCGAAUCAUCCCAGCGUUUUGAAAAUAUUCAAUAGCCUCUUCUUCUGAAGACGGUAAUUACCAGAAUGUAAUAACAUCCAUAAUUUGAGGAUAAUAACAAAAAUAAACAAUGGAAUAACUCAAGGCUUUCACGAGAUAAGAAGGGAGGUUAUGUGAUGUAACAUUAGAUAACAAGUGAGGUUUCGUCCAGGCCUCCUAACCGACAAAGUUCCUGGUUUUAAAAAUUAAGUUUUUUAAAAACAGUAUUUUCGAGUUAUCUUGCACUUGGAAAGGAUAAAAAAAAAAAUUAAUCAUGUGGUGUUCAAAACAUUUUAUUUUAUAACAAUAUAUUAGGUAAUAUUAUUGGUUUAUUACAAAAAGUCACUAAGUACAUUUUUGUUGUAGGUAAACUUUUAAGUAUAUAUUGUGAAUUUCAACCUUGUUUUUUAAUGCUAUAACACAGGAAAUGCAUCCAAGUGACGUAGUUUCUCAAAAAUAGUUACAGAUGCACUAUGUUACAAUGGUUCUAUUAUUACAUUUUAUUCUAAAGGGAUGUGUUUUAGAAUAUAUAAAGCAUAUUAUUAUGUUCUGAUGAACAGAGAGUAAAUUCAUCACAGUAUUUGUCGAUUUAAUUUUAUAAAAUGUUACUUAAUGCAACUAAGCAAUGAUUUAUUUUGAAAUAAAUAUUAUCAACACAUCAUUUACCAAGCUAAAAAAAAUUUUGCUCGAAAAUCUGCUGCCCAGAGUUUCUCCCUCUUUUACCCUCGUUUUGGCCCUGUCCCUUCUAUCAAACUCAAAUUCAUCUUUUAUGUUUGGAAAACUUAUGGUUAUUGUGAUCGUUCAGGAUCAAAAAAUGCAACUUAAUUUAUUUUUUUAGGAAAUCAUAGUAUUCACAGAAAAUAUUAAGAUCUAUCUCAUAACUAGGACUUGGAUCUGAAGAUUUAAAUUUUCCUAGGAAUAGAUCAUAAAAAUCAAUUUUUAGCUCAUUGAUGACAUAGUCCCUAUAUCAGAUGGGGUGACCCAGAUGAGAUGGCCAUCAAUGGCCAAGUUUAGAGAUGGAUUCAGUGCCAUCAAUGAGCUUUGCGCUGAAUUUAGGACUAAGCCAUCAGUGAUUCAAUCGAUGAAUAAAUUAACAAGCUGAAUUCUAUUAAUGAGUUAGGAACUUGCCCAAAUAUUUAUAUGUGUGUGGGGAAUAAUACCUGCUAAAUUUCUUGAAAAUUAAACUAAUAUAAUAAAAUAAAAUAGUUUUACCACUAUUUAGCCUUUUUAUGACCGCAACCCCGGACCAUCUCCUUCCUUUAUAAUGCAACGGUCAACUAUUAAAUAUUCGAAAAGCCUAUUAUUUUUUACAAAAUAGUUGGUUACCCAACUAUACAACAGUACAAACAACGCUGAGAUGUGUUAAAAAAAGCAUUGUCAUCGGAGUACUUCUAUGUACUUUAAUUUAGAGCUGUAUGAAUAGAAAAUGCUCUAAAAUAAAGAAUUUGUAUUUGAAAUCUGCUAUCCAAUAUCGGCAUUGAUCUGUUGAAAACUCUUUUUCCCUUCACACAACUUUCUCUUAUCACUUUUUUUUGGCAUAAAUAGAUAUUUUUAAACACAAGAAAGUGAAAGUAACAAUGAUGGACAGUACAAAAUUUAAUUUAAAAUUGUUAAUUACCAUGUUUUUCACACUUGUCUAAUAUAUUCUGUGGAUAAUGUGUAAAAGAGCAAAACUCAUAUUUAUAGAAAAACGCAAUUGAAAGUUCAUAUUUUCAGAAGUGCAAGUUCAAUUUUUCGAGUUUCAACCCGUGAAAGAAUGUUAUCUCUGUAAUAGCUGCAUUACUUAGCACGUCUUCAAAGGGAGAGAGAAAAAUUAGCUUUCUAAUGAUACCCAUAAAAAUUCACAAAAUUACACUUAAUUAAUUAAUUAAAAGGUACUUUAGAAGAAGAGAUUUUGAAAAUUAGGCAUUUAAGCUCUGUUAGAGAACAUGAAUGAGAAUAAGACCUACACCAUGUUAAAAACUGCUUAAUUUUACACUGAUAUAAUGAAUCUAAUCAUAAUUGUUAGAGCCGUUUUUGUAAAAUCUAUGAUAUUAAGUGGCUCUUCUGGUAAGCCGAUUUUGAGGAAAAAGUAGCUGUUGCAUUCUAGCCAUAUAGAUGCCUUAAAUAGGUAAUAUCAGUUUGAUAUGACUUCGUUUUUGACUUAGAUUGUUGACAUAAGUACACACACCAUUUUUUGGGGCUUGGUUAUUUGGAGUCAGGGAUAUAUCUCAAAAGAUAUAUUUCCGUUAUAAACUCAAAUUCGAAAAUUUUCACAAUCACAAUACUUUCUCUUCCUCUAUAUUACAUUUAUACGUGAGUGAAAGUAAAAAAGGAUAAAUCCAAGCCCUACUCAUCUUCUCGACUUUCUGACACCUGGUAGUGAUUCAAACUUUUUUUAAAUUGUUUACAGGUUUUAGGAUUUUUAAAUUACUGUAUUGAUUAUCAGCAUGCUAACUUAUAGCAAUGUGAAUAAUUAGGUGUCAAUCUGAAUUUAUUGUUUAUGAGAAAUAUGUUAUUAUUCAAAAGAAAGAGUUAUUGGAUAAAUAUUUUAUAGCUAAAAAAGUUUUUUAUUAAUUAAUUUUAUAUUAAAUCUAUACUAUUUCAAAAUAAUAUGGUGUAUGCUAAUGUCUAGUUCUGAAGAACACCAUGUAACAAAGUGCCAAAUCUAAAAACAAUCAGCCCAGUAGUCUCAGAUAAAAUCUGCAAAUUCCAACAAUCUGAAAAUCUUAUGAUAUAAGACCUCAUAUUUUGAUGGAGGAGGGUUGUCUUUUCUCUGAAACUAUUAGUACUGCUUAUUAAUUAAUAAAAAAAUAAUAGUUAUUAUUUAUUAAUUAUUUAACUAUUAAAAUUAAUAGUUUAUUUAUCAAAAAAUGUAAAGGAUGAUAAUGCAAAACUAUUUGCAGGAAAUUUCAGACUGCUAAUUUUCAUAAAAGUUAAAAUUAUUAAUUUUCCACUCUCCCUUCACUAUAUUAUUGAGGCAUUUAAUAGAAAUAAAACAUAUAAAUCACGAUUGUUAUUUAAAAGAAAAAGUCAACUGAAAAUAUUUGUACCAAAAAACCAUUAAAAAAAGUCAAUUAACUUGAUCUCUCAUAAAAGGUUUUGAUUCUUGCUGAAGAAAUUCUAUGUAUGAAUAUAGGAUAAUGUCCAAAACAAAAGAUAAAGUAAAAAAAAUAUGGUGAAAGUAUCAAUACUUUUGAAGAAAUAAGAACUUAAAUAUAUUUAAUCUAGUUUGAUCCUAAAAAAAUGGUCACAAACCUGUAAGUUCUUCCAGCAACAUUUGCAGUAAUUGUGGACCUCAUCCAUUUUAUUUUAUUUUAUCCUUAUUAAUGUCAUUAAUAACUUUCUUACCUAAAAUCUUCUGGUAUUGUUUAUGUUUGUCUCUGCAUUAGUCUUUAGUGCCAAAAUCUUUUCACCUCCCACUACUCUAAUAGUAAUUGGUACUUUGACAAUGAUUUCAAAUUAAUUACUAUAUGUACUAGAACAAACCAAUCUUAAUCAACUUUAGUAUUUCAUUUAAGGAAGUUCAACUAUAUUUAGUUACCAUUUAUAAUCUUAUAAUUUUAUUUUUUUGGAAUGUGUAAUAUUACAUGAUUCAAUACUCUUGUAUUCAUGCCCUAAUUCCUGUUAUUAGUAUUUAUUUAGAGUAAAAUUUAACACUGUAUUGAUUGUACAUCUUUAAAAUUGACCGUUUUGUGCUUUUUUGAAUCUAGCUUUGUAAUUGAGAAUAAAAUUAAUUGAUAACUUUAAAUAUUAAGUACAUAUGUGAAAAAAGUCAAUUUUUACCUGAAUAUUUCAAAAUAAAUUAUAGAAGGUCUGGAAUUUUUAUUAAAAAAAGGUUCAUAAUUUUCAGUCUUAAUACAAACAAUUUUUUUAAAAAAACUUAUUUUGUCAUGGGUGAAUCAUUUUAACUAUAAGGACCUAAGUUAAUAAUUGCAUAUAUAUUUAGUCUAUUUAUUAUAUGUAUUAAUUCCCAGGGUUAUAUUUUUCUUCAUAAUCCUCAUAGUUUUAUUGAGAAUAGAUUUAUUCAACAAAAGGAUGUUUUGUUGCUAUUCUAAUUUAUUUUCUAUCGGGACUUAAUAAAAUAGUGUGCAAGGUAUAAUUGACCUGUGGUUAUGGACUAUGACCUUAAAGCUUUAAUAUUGGUCGGAAGAAGUUAGAUUUCUCUGAUUACACUUAUUGUGAUGUAAAAGAGAAUCCAGUUAACUUCAUCGACCUAUCAGUGAUAGAUUUUAUGAAUUCAGGGUAACUGCUUACUUUAUGGGAAUACUGGAGUAUGAGAUAUCUUGAAUAUAUGUCAGGUCAGUAUCCUUGUCUGUUUUUAUCCAAUCAAUUUUAAGAUGAUAGAUUUCUCUAUAUUGAUAUUAAAACAUCCUCUUUUGGAUUCUAUUUAGUAUUGAAUCAGUAUUUAUAAAUUUUAAAUUCACUGAAACAGUGAAAGAUACUAAUAUUUAAGAAAGGUUUUGCACAUUUGUAUGUGUCUUGCUUAAGCACAAAUUUCUAGCAAAUAAAGUACUAGUCCUUUCAACCUCUGUAAAUAAAAUUAUAUAUUGUAUAUAUAAAUAUAUAUUUAUUGACAUGUAUAUAGUCCUUUGUAUAUACACUUGUCUCCAUUUAUUUAUAUAUAUCUGGCCUUGUUAGAAGUCAAUUUCCAAAACCAUUCCAUAUUUAUACUGAAUACUUUUGUACUUGUGGGGAAAAUGAAAUUUCAUUUUUAAAAAUUUCUCUUUUAACUAUAAAUAUUUGUCCAAUGAUUACGUCCUAACAUUAAAUAUUCUUAUUAGAAUGAGGUAUGCUCAAUUAUAUUUGCUUGGUUUAUUAGAAGUACUGUAGUUAAACUUUUGCUUCAAAAUUAAUGAAGGAAAACAUAUUAAUUAAUAUCUUAGAACAUGAAGUAUUCUGGGAAAUAUAUUAAUUAUUAAUAAUGUUAAAACUUACUGUCUUAUCUUCGAUUUUUCUGCAUAAAGUAGUUUUGCUAGAAAAGUAUAUAAGUCUAUGACUGAUUCUCUAGAUGAAAAUUAAAUUACAUAAUAAAAUUAUUGGAAUCUGGGGGAGUUUAUGUUGUAUAUUUUAUUACUAAUGGUGUAAAUAUUAUUUUCUUUAACAAUGCAUUGAUAAUAUAAAUCAAUAGUGAUAUUUUUUAUUGUAAACUUUUAUCAUUACUUGGUCUGAAAUGUUCAUUAAUUUUUUUCCAAUAAAUUAAAACCACUCAAAUGAAAUGUAGAUAUGAAUAUACCUACAGAACAAGCAUUGGUCAUCGCCAUGUGGUUUCAAAAUCAAACAAUAGCUUAGUUCUUGAAAUUGUUCUUUAUUUGUUGUCCAUACGCCUGUUAAAAACAAAAUCCUAAAAAUUAAAAAGGAAUAAAAAAACAUUAAAAUUUUAAAUUAAAGAAUACUGUCCCUUGAAAUAAUUCUAAAGCCGAGGUUCUCUACCUUAUGGCAUGGGCGAUUGAAAAAAAUAGUGGUGGGCUCAAUCAGAUGAAAAAAAAGGGUUACAUUUUUUUUUAUAUAUACAACUUGUAACAUAUAUUUAUUAUGAAAGUCAAAUGAAAAUUGAUCAUUAAAGAGUAGAUAAAUAAGAUUAUAUUAACGAAAAUAUCAACUGUAUAAAAUAUUAAUUAAGUCGGCCUCUUAAGAGAAAACCGAGCUGAAAUAUAUACAAAAUAAACUGCAGUGAAUAGGUUACAAAUUAGUUUUACCUAUCUUUUUUUUUUUUUAUUAUUUUGACACAUUGCUUUAGAAACAUGUAUGCCUGUGGGCAUUAGGUUGAGAACCUUUGCUUCAGAGAAUGUUGCAUUAAGCAUUCCUUUUUUAUAAAACUGUUCUAGUUGUUGGUCUAGCGCCUUAAAAUAUAUUUUAUUUAUUUUUUUAUGAAAUAAACUUACUGAGAAUUUCAUUUGUUUCAAAUAAUUCUGACAAUUACUUUAAAGUUAAAAAUUCUUGUCAUUACAGUUAAAUAUUUUUGUAAAUGAAUUAUGUUGUAAGCUUCUGAAUAAAACUCAAAUCUGAAAGUUGUAAACAAAUACAUAUAAAAUAAUGUUAAAGGGUUUAAAAAUAAAUUAUAAAAAAUACUCUGACCACAUGGAAUCAUACAAUUCAGGCCCUGGUUUCUAGACCUCUAAUACUGUAAAAACAGAGGGGACUGUAAUCUUAUUUCAAGCUGUAAUAGUUUACAAGUUAAAGUCAUUUCUCUCUCUCUCUCAUAGUAUUUUGUGGUAUAGAUAUGAAAUAUCGAUAACUAAAGGCCAUGUUCUCUCAGAUUAAAAACAAAAAUUUGUGCAAUUGUGUCUAUGGUCUAAAAAAACAACAUAAAAUGAGAUUAGUUUUAAUGGGUGUGUAGUAAACAGCUUUUUUUAAUAUGUUGGUAUUGAGACAAGAGUGAACUGCUCUAACUUAACCAUUAACAUACAACUAGUUAAUGGAGCACAUGCUUUUUCUCAAUUCUAAUCAUCUCGUAGAAAAAACAAAACAAAAACAUUACCCUGCACUUUGUAUUUAUGAUUUAAUCAAUAAGACAAUUUCUAAUAUCAUGUCUCAUAAUUUAGUCAACAAAAUCUACAAACUGAUUUGGCCAUGCCUUCAUUGAUUUAAUAUUUCUGAAAUGAAGAAAAAGUUAUUUGUUUUAUUUUUAUUUUUAUAAUAUAUGUGAAUUAAAAUGCUCAAAUCAUUAACUACUUUUUCCUAUUUGUUUAUGUUUUAUAAUUGUUUAUAUUUAUAUGUAUAUUUUAUAAUGAAUUUGAAGAUUCAAUGUAAUUA